AUGGAUUUCAGUAUCGGUGAACUAGACAAUUUUUAUAACGAAAAUAUAACAAUUCAUGAGGCGUAUGAUAACUGGACAACUGCAGCAAACAAUACCCAUAAUGAUGAUGAUGAUUUCAAGAUCUACUUAGAAAAUAACAAAAAGAACUUCAUGUAUAAGGUUGCCAUAUUGUUAAUUAAAAUAUUCUUCCCAAGCCUGGUGGUGCUGGGUACAGUUGCCAACAGCCUAGUGAUCGUAGUGCUUCGUCAGGGAACCAUCAAUACAGACAACCUGAACUUUUUUUUCUCCGUUCUUGCCGUAGUGGACACGGUAUUUUUAUAUACCAGACUAUUUCUCAACCAGCUAAGCUUCACUCUGUCUGCCUGGAUGAUGUUAGUAAUCGCCUGGCAGAGAUGGUACACCUGCUCCCGCCCGUUUGACCGUUGUUGUCCAGUGGAAAACUCCAAGUGUGGUUAUGCCGGCCUGGCGUGUAUCUGUCUGAUUCUGGUUGCUGCCAACAGCUACGUCCUGGUUACUGUUGAACUACAUGAGGAUCCAUGGGGAAAAAUAUGUGCCCCAAGCCAGAAACAUGACCGGAUUGUUAGCGAAGUCUUCCCUAUUGUACUGAUGGUGUUAUACUCUGGACUGCCUGCCAUACUGCUGAUCGUCCUCAACAGCCUGUUAGCAAGAAUCCUGUAUACCAGCAGAAGGUCUCUUCUCACACACUCAGAAUCGUCUCAGCCCAACGGGCGGGACGACAGGCAAGUCAGAGCCCGUUACAAAAACGUCACUGUACUACUGAUGGCACUCUCUGUGUCCUGGUUCUUGCUGACUACACCGCAUACCCUGCUGAAGAUGAUCGAGCACGUACCACACACACCUUACGAUGCAGGCACUCAUACAUUUCUAAAUGUGCUGUUCUUUGUGUUGCUCUACAUAAACCACUCCAUCAACUUCUUCCUCUACUGUGCGCUCAUAAGAAGCUUCAGACGAGAAGUCAGAAAACUGGGGUCCAGAAUGAUUCGUUGUGCCAUGGCACCAAUUCACUGCUUUCAACGCCGCACUCUAAAACACAACGGGCACCAUUUUGGCAUCAGCAACAGCAGUAUCAACAACAUUAACAACCACAACUGCAACACUGAUAGCUUUGUGCCACUGUUGGAGCUCCAUUCAGUUUUUCAUCCACAAGAAGUCAACCAGCAUGGCUACAAACCUGACUAUCACAUAACCUGA